AACCAUUCUUCCUAUAAUAUAUUAUGAAAUAAAGUGAUAAGUUUGGGCAUAGUUUAAGAAUGCAGGCCAAAUCCUCCUUUUAUGUUCUCAUCCUCCUCAAAAGGUUUGAAAACAAACGCUAAUUUUGAGAAUCCAUAUGGUUCGUUCCGUUUUCAAAUCGUUUCUAAAUCUUCCUAAAUCUAUCUCCAUAUUAACACCUUCUGUUUAUCGCCCAAAUUCGAUCUCCAUUACUAGCUCAUACUCAACUCCAAGAAUUAGCAAGAGAAUUGGGUCAUUGUUUUCUGUACCCGUUGGUGAGCAAUUUCAAGAAUUUGGGUCGUUAUUUUCAGCUAAAUACAGCACCAAUGGCGAUGGAUGUGUUGAUACGGGUAUUGGUGGUAGAGACUACUUGUUGAUGUCGGAUGAGGAGUUGAUGAAACAGUGUGAAUUGAGCACUUUCAAGGCUUCAGGUCCUGGUGGACAGCACCGCAACAAGCGUGAAUCAGCUGUGCGUUUGAAGCAUAGUCCAACAGGGAUUAUUGCUCAGGCUGUGGAGGAUAGAUCCCAACACAUGAAUCGUGCGUCUGCUUUAUCUCGAUUGCGAGCGUUACUGGCUCUUAAAGUUAGGAACAACAUAGAUCUUGAUACAUAUACUCCUCCUCAAGAGCUGCUUCAAAUUCUUCCUGCCAAAUCAACAAUCAGGGGAUCAAAUUGUGGCCCUCAAAUUGGACCAAACAAUCCUAAGUUUGCUUUGGGAAUGCAAGCUCUACUGGACCUACUUUUUGCUGUUGAGGGCUCGGUAUCAGAUGCCGCAAAAAAGUUGGGGUUGAGCACAGGGGCUUUAUCAAGGUUGCUAUUAUCUGAUGAUAAUCUCAGAAUGGCUGUGAAUGAGUUUAGAGUCUCCAAGCAUCCCCAGGUACUAUUGCUCUUCAUUUCCACUCGCGAUAUCAAGCUUCAGGAAACAAGUUGUGCUGGUGAGUCUAUUCUAUGUUUUGGCAUUAGGCUUGCUGCUGUGUUUCUCAAGCAAGGCAGAUGGUGUAGUGCAUUGGUAGCUGGAAAAGUCCUGCAAUAUUUGAUUGUAAAUUCCUUUUUCUUCUUGUUUUCGUUUGUUUUAUGUUAGUUUAAGUUUACAUUGUGGAUUAAUUACUGAUUAGGGUGAUAUUGAAUGGACACAAUAAUAGAUGGUGUAUAUUUGAGAUAGCUUCUAGGGAUUAGUUAUUGAUCAUUCCUCUUGAUCUCUUGACUAUUACGUUUGUGCCAAAUGUACUAUAGAAGAUGUGCCAUCUUUUGUGACUUAAAGAAAAAGUAGUAAGAUAAAAUGCAAUGAUUAUUUAA